AGAAAAAAGUCCAAAAAAUAAACUUAACAAAAUAGUACUGUAGUACUUACUCUGGUAGACUUGUAGAUACCGGCCAGAACAUAACCGGCACGGCAACGACACGGCAGCAGUCAACCGUACAGCCAUGGCAACAUUCUCCACCAACCUCUCAUCUUCCACCACCCUUUUCUCCCAUCGUUAUCCUCUUUCAUUUUCAGUCAAACUCAACAAGAAUUGUAGGUUUCUUGAAAGGAGACUAGUAUUGUUACAAGUAAAAUGCUUAAAUGAACCAACUAGUAGUAGUAACAGAGAUUCAGUAGAUUCUGAAAUUUCUUCUUCUAGUAGUAGUAGUUCAUUAUCUUCUUCUAGUGGUGGAGGUGGCAUUUCAUCAUAUAGUUGGUGUGCGGGUAUCGGCGGGUUAGGAUUUCUCGAAACGACUUACUUGUACUACUCUAAACUCACUGGUUUGGAUGCCUUUUGUCCCGUUGGUGGUGGGUCUUGCGGCGAUAUCCUUAACAGCAAUUAUGCUCUUGUUUACGGUAUUCCUCUACCCUUGAUUGGAAUGGUUGCAUACGGCGCUGCAGCAUUCCUUGCACUAAAGUUGGCUACAAAGGACUUACCUUUUGGGAUCGAUGAAAGUAGUGGUGGAUUAAUUUUACUUGGGACAACUACCUCAAUGGCAACUGCUAGCGCAUACUUUUUAUACAUUUUAAACACACAAUUUCCAGGAGCUUCUUGUCCCUACUGUUUAGUGUCAGUUCUGUUGUCAUUCUCGUUGUUCUUCGCUACUUCCAAGAUUUUGGGGUGGCAAAAGAUCCGAGAUGAAGUGGGUCUGCAGUUAUGUAUAGCUGGUCUGGUUUUUGCUGCUUUGAGCAACUCAUAUAGUGCAAGCCUUCCUCCCCCUGAACGCUUUGGAGAGAAAUUCAUGCCAUACACUCCAACCGAGAUCAAGGCACCAUCAAGUCCUUUAGCUCUUAAACUUGCAGCGCAUUUGCGUUCUGUUGGAGCUAAAAUGUAUGGAGCUUUCUGGUGUUCACAUUGUUUAGAGCAGAAACAGAUGUUUGGACGUGAAGCAGCAAAGCUGUUGGACUAUGUUGAAUGCUUCCCAGAUGGAUUCCAGAAUGGAACUGAAUUAAGCCAGGAAUGUAAGAAGGUCAAAAUAGAAGGUUUUCCAAUGUGGGUGAUAAAUGGCCAGGUAUUGAAGGGAUAUCAAGAGUUCCCACAACUUGCUAAAGCAUCUGGAUUUGAAGCUGGUGAAUUCAGUAGAGAGCUAGCAGAGCUUGCUAAACAAUCUGCUGAAGCCGAGGCCAAUAUCAAACCAUGAUGAAUGUAUAGAAGCAGCAUGUUGCCUACUCGCCUCCCAUACAAUGUGAAAGCUCCAUUUCACGUAUACGGAUACAUGUAAAGGUUUCAUCGAGUUCAUGCAUUGUUGUUGUAUGCUCAUAAAACCUCGUAUUUGUAUUCUCUACAAAAUUGUAGAACAAUUACUCGAGAGUUGAGAUAUUUCAGCUUGUUAUAGUAUAAUAUGUAUUAGUUGUAGACAUCUCUUCGAAGAACUAGGUUUUCAGUUUACGAACUUUGUUGAAGGAUGUUCUGUAAACAUUUGGUUGAAUAACCUUAUGAUUCACAGUUUAGAUAAUGUUAUAACACUA